UUCCUUUAUCGCAAAUUAAAAGUAAGUUAAUUUUUAUAGUAUCUUAAUUAUUGAUUAGUUUAACAUCGGAUUGGUGGCGAAAAGUACAUCGAAAUGAUGUACACAGCCGUAUUUAUGUUGGUGGCGGCGCUGGCGCAGGUGCAAGGCCAGGCCGUGAACCUGCAGGCCACUUUCGACCCCGAACAGGUGGAGUUCAACAUGGACUAUACUUAUUACGUCAACGUUGAAGUUACUGGCACCGGUCUCGAAGCUGGCGACCAGCUACUAAUAACUACGGAUGCUGAGCACGUGGCGACUGGCGAGUGGAACUCCACCGCGGUGGUCACAGACACCAACGGGUUUAGUGGCGUUGUGAGGGUGUAUGGACAUUUCCUCGGUAGAACCGACCUAUACCUGGAACUUUUACGCGGUGGUGCACAAACCCCGAUACCCGGCUCGCUGUCUGUCAUCAUCAUCAGGCCGGUGCGAGUUAUUGACUCCGUGUUCACUACUAGCGUCGCUGUGUUUGUGUCACUUAUUUUUAUAAACUUCGGUUGCGCGAUGCACUGGCCGACCGUAAAGAGUGUGCUGCGGCGACCGAUAGGCCCGGCCAUUGGAAUGGUCGGACAGUUUCUGUUCAUGCCCCUGAUGUCGUUCGGUAUCGGCUACCUGAUCUUCCCGGACGCUGCGGACAUGCGUCUGGGGAUGUUCUUCACGGGCGUAGCGCCCGGGGGCGGCGCCUCCAACAUAUGGACCUUCAUCCUGGGCGGCAACCUGAACCUGUCGCUCGCUAUGACGAGUAUAUCGACUCUCGCGUCUUUUGGUUUCAUGCCAGCCUGGUUAUUCUCACUCGGCCAAGUAGUAUUUCGCGACGCGAACAUCGUGGUGCCUUACGCGCGGAUCGCUACCUUCGUGGUCGGCUUGAUCGUGCCGAUGGGUAUAGGGCUCGGCAUGCAGCGAUGGACGCCCAAGAUUGCCGCCUUCAUGGUCAGGAUCCUGAAGGGAUUCUCGACGCUGCUGCUCCUGUUUAUCAUAGUGUUCGCGAUUGUUACGAACUUGUAUAUCUUCGAGCUGUUUACUUGGCAGAUCAUAGUAGCCGGUAUGGGCAUACCGUGGCUGGGCUACAUGUUCGGGUACGCUCUCGCCAAGAUCUUCAAGCGGCCGCAUCCCGACGCGCUCGCCAUCUCCAUAGAGACGGGCAUACAGAACACCGGCAUCGCGAUAUUCCUGCUCCGAUACGCGCUGCCGCAGCCUGAGGCCGACCUUACGACAGUGGUGCCGGUGUCGGCCGCCAUCAUGACUCCCGUCCCGAUGAUGAUGAUCUACACCUACCAGAAGAUCGCUGCCUGCAUCAGAAAUAGAAACAAUCCAAAAGGCGGUGAAACAACACAAGAAGCAGAAAGUACGACGGAGAAAAUUGAAAACGCCAACGAAGUACAAGUUGAACCAUCAAGAAGCUCAGAGGAGGAGAAAUAUUAACUUUAAGACUAUUUAUUUAAGUUAAAAGUGAUUAAAAAUA